AUGGCUGCAACGUGGAUAGCCGUGAUCUUCGCUGCUACUGGCGUGGUUGCGCAAGACUCCCCGAACGCCAACACCGCCACUGGAACAUCCGCCGUCAGCGCUGCUCAGGCCACCGCAGCAACUUACAACGGCAGCAGCAAGUACAAGCCAGGGAAGUACGUCCGCAAACACAACCCGCCUGUCAUCUACAAUGCGAACACAAACUCUAGGCGUUUGUCGUACCAGAAAAACCUCACCAAGUUUUACGAGGACCUGGAGAAUGAGCGACUUCCUCAGUGGAGCUUCAUUACCCCCAAUAUGACAAGCGAUGGUCACGAUACGUCUGUGACCACUGCCGGCACCUGGUCGAAGAACUUCCUACAACCGCUACUUUCCAACGAGUACUUUAUGCGACGAACACUUGUCUUGCUCACCUUUGACGAGAACCACACCUAUAACAUUGGCAACCGUGUCUUUUCCAUCCUGUUUGGAGGGGCUGUUCCAGAAAGUCUCCAUGGAACCACAGACAAGCAGUACUACAACCAUUACUCCGACAUCAGCACCGUUGAAGCCAAUUGGAAUCUUCAUACCCUGGGUCGGUGGGAUGUCGGCGCCAAUGUAUUCAAAAUAGUUGCUGACAAGACGGGCGAUCUUUAUCGUGCAUGCGAGGGCGUCAGCGGCGAUCAACCUACCACUUUCCUGAACUCGUCCUUCGCUGGGCCUUUCAAUACUGGCUUCAGCUCAGCGGCCUAUCCGAUCCCGAAUCUACACGCUGUAUCGCCGAAUACUGGUCGGACCGUCCUGCCCAGCAUUGCCAAACAGUACCGCUCCAGUCAAGACUCGACCCAGAUGUACUACAACGAUGGAGUGGACAUUCCCGACGGUCAACAUCCACCAAAGGGUUACAAGGUGAAUACUGCCGCCAACUGA